AUGUCAACAUCUGGCUAUAGGUCUUUUUCACAAUCUAGUAGAGGUAAAACUGAUAUAACAUGGACACAUGUUAUUGAGGGUGUAGAUCCAAAUGGAAGGAAGACAUUAAAAUGUCUUCACUAUGGGAAAGUAACUAGAGGGGGAGGUAUUUUUAGAAUGAAACAACAUCUAGUUAGAACAAAUGGGGAUGUUGGUGCUUGUUUAAAAGUUUCUUUUGAUGUUCAAUACUUGAUGAGAGAAUCACUAAAAGACAUUGGGAUAAAGAAUAAAGAGAAGACUGAUUCUAGUAAGUAUAAUACUCCUUACAGUGCUACCGUACAUGGAUUUGAAGGAGAUAUGCUAAACGAAGAUAGUGAAGCGUUUCAUUUAUUAGAAAUUCACAUAAAUGAAGUUGUUGGAUCUCAACCAUCAAUUAGGAGUUGUUUAGUUGGAAAAGAUGCGAUGUUGAGAGUAGACAUGACUUUUGUAAGAUUCUUUUACGAUGCUUGCAUCCCAAUUAAUGCUGUAAAUUCAAUUUAUCUUCAGCCUUUGGUGGAUGCUAUAGCUGCAAUUGGGAUUGGGUAUAAACACCCAAAUUAUCAUGGUUUGCGUGUCAAUUUGUUAAGAGAUGAUAAGAAGGAAGUGCAGCUUCUUGUUGAUAGUUGUAGAAAGAUUUGGGAAAAUGUUGGAUGUACUUUAAUGGCUGAUGGUUGGACUGAUAAUUCACAUAGGUCAUUAAUCAAUUUUAUGGUGUAUUGUCCUAAGGGAGUUUGUUUUGUGAAAUCAGUUGAUGCUUCAAAUGUUGUGAAGGAUGCUAGGACAUUGUUGAAGAUGUUUGAGGAGGUAGCUUUAUGGAUUGGACCAAAUAGUAUUGUCCAUUUUGUCUCAGACAAUGGAUCCAACUAUAAAGCUACUGGAAGAAUAUUAUCUGAGAAAUAUCCGAGUAUUACUUGGUCGCUCUAUGUAGCACAUAGCAUAAAUUUGGUUUUAAAAGACAUAGCUGAGAUAGAUCACAUAGUUUAUCUUGUGAGACGUGCUUUUGAGGGUUGGAAAGAAAUUCAGGGUGGGAAAGAAAUUGUCCGUUUGGGCGCAACCCGUCUUGCUACAACUUUCAUUGCAAUAAGAAGUCUUCAUGAGCACAAACAUGACUUGCAAGCUAUGGUGACAAAUAAGUCAUUUGUCGAUUCUUGA